GAUUGGAGUGUUGAUAUUUGGAUGUGUAGUGAUGUCCCAAUUCCCUUCAAAGUAGGCCUGUCAGUGGUUGUGUUUGUGGCUUUCAAGACGUGUUAGGAUCUUCCAAUAUUGGAGCAGUAUUAAAUUCAAAGAAAGCAAAUAAUUCAAGUGAUAUACUAUCCCAUGCCCUAACCUUCAAGGUGUUCGUAUUUUAGCCUUUUUAGUGAUAUCAUUGUAAAACAUAAAGAAAAGGUUUUCGUGUACCCAAACGGUGAGAUGUGUAGUUCGGUGCGUCGUUGCCAUCAAGCACCGGCCAGAUGAUAGCGAACGAGAGUGUUAGAGCGAACGCACCACCAUCGGCCGGCGACUGUACCGGUGGUGUCCCACGGGAGUCGUUGUCGUCGUCAUCGUCGUGCCCGGGCGCUGCUGAAAUCAACACGGGAACGGUCAAGCGACGACCGACCUCACUAGAGGCGAAGGAGAAAACGCCCUCACCGACCAGUGCACAUCAGAGGGGAAUAGAAAUUGAAGGUUCCUCCAACACAAAAGAAAACAUCGAGCAGCAGCGGCAGCAGCAGAGGCAGCAAGAUGAAAAGCAUCCUGACCAGGGGACCAACCAGGGUAGUGCGAAUGAUUCGUCCCGUGUGGUGCGGCGCGAGGGUUCGAAAAAAUCUCCCGACCGUCCGCCAAGCGCGGAGGCAAUCAAAUCUUCCCCCCCUUCCACACAUAUCCAGCAAACGAGCGUUGAUAGGAGAAAAGUGCUGAACGAAUCGAAGAUACCCGCUACCAAGACGACACGGUUGGACGAACGGUUAAAGUCCAAACUCAAACCGCCGACCGCUCUACAAAGGGCAUCGAAUUUAACGUCUUCCAAGGGUGAUGUGAAAGGUUGUUCCCCUGGGGUGAUGAAGAGCAGCACUGGGGUGAGCGUUGGCCAGCGGGAGAAGAAGGUUAGCUCUCCUCCUAGCGCGUCCGAGCCGCCGAGUGUGGGACGUACAGCGAAGAAAGUUUCCUUCAUACCGAACCUGUCGAUGAGUGCCGCGACGGUCACGACACCUGGUGGCAACGUUCGCACUAGCGCUGUCAAAACGAUUCUACGCACUCGAGCACAACAGCAGCAGCAGCAGCAACAAUCACAGCAGCAGGACAGUACCGUUGAGUACAAAGAACUGUACCGCGAUUACCCUCUGCCCUUACCGCCCUAUCGUGAUCCACCACCGGCACCGCCGGCAUCCACCAACAUAGGAACCAUUGGGAAGCAACGACCGGAAACGAAACAGAUAUACGACGAACAGCAACAACAACCUGAACCACCCACCAAAAAUGAAGAUGUCAGCACGGCCGUCCGCUCCAAGCUGAAGGGCUUCGGAUUAGGUAAGCUGAUAUCGUCCCACACCGGCCAGGAGCGGCGAAACACUAACAAUUACGUCACCUUGCCCCCGUCACCGAAAGCGACACCGAAAACAAUGUCUUCCAAGGGGCCGUUACCAACGGCAGGAGCAGGUUCACUCCCAACAGCAUCUGGUGGACAGGAAAAAGCAUGUCAACGCUCUCCAGACGAUAUUCUCUCCAAGCCGGAGUUUAGUUCCUCAUUGUUUAAGAACCUUCCGGUGCGCCAGAAGAAGGGCACGGUACCUCAUCUGGAGAACUACUGUCUGUUUGACCCGUCGGUGGACUUUUUCAACGAGAAGGAGCACAAAAUGCGCGCCAUCCCAGAGGCGGUGGAACUAGCCGAUCAGGUCCUGUAUCAGGAUCAUCUCAUCUACGACGCGGUGGUGGAUCGAGACUCGGACAAUUACUUCACGAUCGAGCCGGAAUCAUUGGAGAUUGAGGUGAAGAAUAGGUUGUCGCUGGAAAAGGUGGAGGAAAAGAUCGAUGAGAUCUUCAACAAAACGCGCACCGCUUCGUCGUCUUCUACGAGCUCCACAAGCGGAUCGAGCCCGGACUAUCCGUCCAUGUUUAACUCGGUCAUAGAAACGCCGUCCUCAAACCUGGAGUCAACGGAUGAGAGUGAUUACGGGUUUCGGAAUCGUUUGAUGGAGAAUUUGAAGGUGCUGGUGCCGAAGUCUAUUUCGGGCUCGAUUCCGGACGAGAAUGCCGAGGUGCAGGAAAUACCGGACGAGGAGGCAGAAUUGGUUGAAGAUGGUACGGUUGCACCCUCUUCAUCUUCCGACUAUUAUGGUGUAGUGUUGAAAGCAGGUCCUGCCACCGCCACCACCGCCUCACGGCUCGAGCGAGUUCAUCAGCAGCAAUCAGUGUCGCUGCCAAACUCUCCCCUCAUUCAACAUCGCCUCCAACAACAACAACAGCAGCAGCAGGCGAUGAAGCAGCACCGAAAAUGUGAUGAAUCAUCAUCGUCCUCGUCCUCUGCAACCACUUCUCCUCCUAUCACUUCCAGUGAAGGAACAGCCCCGCCAGGAGCAUCACUUCUCCGACAGAACACCUUCACGUGCUCCGGCAGCACGGUAACGCUUGUAGGAGAAAGCACCACGCAAGCUCAAGGGACACUGAAGGCAAUCAACGCCUCGUCCGCUACUACAUCCACCGUCACCGCCACCGAGCAGGACAAGAUGUCCGUUCAGAAGGUGACAAAAAUGAAAUCCGUUACGAGUGUGCUCGGUGGCAACCACCAGGUUGGGAAGGUGGCUAAUUUUCUUCCCCUGCUCCGCAGCACCUUUGCGCUGGAUCCGCUCAAGUCCAGCUUUUCGCUGCCCCAGCUUCCGACGGGAGGUGGUUCAACGGGUCGUGCUAGUGCCAGUGGCAGUAGCGCCACCGGAGCUAUCAGCAAGGUGCAAUCGGCGAUAGCGCCUCACCAACCGCGGAACGGUUCGCUUGAUUCGACGCCGUUGUUUAACCGUUUGCGGAAACGGGAACGGCCGCUGUCGAACCAUAGUGAUGCCGAUAGUGGCUUUCUGUCUCCUGCCACACCGCCCGACUCGAACGGAGCGUCCAUUCUGGCAGCCUGCGAAGACGUGAUGGUUCAGGCAGCACAAGGCACCGGCACAGCACAGCAAUCAACGGCCGAUGCGGUCGUCCUGGAGCAGUGCGACAGCAUUCAGGAGCUUAUACAGAUCUACACCGACUGGGCCAACUACUAUCUGGAGCGGGCAAAGUCGAAGAAGAAGGUGUCCGACCUGUCCGCCGACUGUCGCGAUGGGCUGCUGCUGGCCGAGGUGAUCGAAGCCGUCACCACCUUCAAAGUACCUGAUUUGGUGAAGAAACCAAAAACUGCCCAACACAUGUACGAUAACGUGAACGCGUGCCUCACGGUUCUGAAAUUGCAUCAAGUUGGCGGCUUGGAAUCGGUCACCCCGAAUGACAUCUGCAGCGGACGGUUAAAGGCGGUGCUGUCGCUCUUCUUCGCUUUGAGUCGAUACAAACAAGCGACGAAGCAGAAAUCUUCACUACAGCUACAACCACCGCAACUGCACCAGCAUCAGCAGCAGCAGCAGCAGCAGCCGCCCCAGCAGCAUCAAACGAAGGUGGAAAUCCAUGCCGUCCCAGCCGAAAUGACGAAUCGACAACUUCCGGUACCGUACGCGAAGGCAGGCGUUAAUGGCGGCACAGCGAUACCGCUGCCGGCGACCGUGCUGGUCACGCGGCGAUGUCCACCGGACAAAGUGCGCCCGCUGCCACCGACACCGAACCAGCAGACGGGAUUACAUGGCGGGCUGCAGAAGCAUACGCUCGGUGCGGGUGGCAUCGGCAACAGCACACCCUCCGAUGGCAAUAGCUGCCCUGGGAGCCCGCAGCACCACAACGGCACCGCGAUUAUCACCCAAAUCCCGAAGGGAAACAAUAGCCUACGUCUUCCGCAGGCGACGAACUGCAAGAUCCCGGCCAGCCCGUACUCCGGCUCGAGCACGCUGCAGCACCAUCAUCAGCACCACAACAACAACAACAACAACACCAUCACGCUGAUACCGAACGGUAACGUGACCAACAUUCCCGCCACCAACAACCCCUCGGCCCAGAAGCACUCCAUGCUGGACAAGUUCAAGCUGUUCAACAGCAAGGAAAAGCAGGACCGGGCCGCCCAAAAGUCACAAAUCUCGAAGCGUACCAGCUCGAGCAGCGGCUUCUCGUCGGCCCGCAGCGAACGGAGCGAUUCGAGCCUCAGCCUGGACAAUGGACACCACCAGGGAAGUGUCCAGCCAUCGUCCGCCAUCCCGGGCGCAAAGAUCAAAGAAUCGGGCCUGAAGAAGCUUGAAGGGGGUGUAAAAUCGCCAUCGCCCGCUCCCGGCAGCACCAAGCCCUCCUCCAACACCACCGCCAAGCUCAUCUCGUCGAAAUCGAGCUCGAAAGACAGCAGCAGCGCCAAAGCGGCGGCCAAGGCGGCGGCGGCGGCGGCCGAAAAGCAACGCCAUCGGGACGCACCGCCGCUGGAGCAGUCGCCGCCGCAAACGCACAUUCCGCUCGCACCGCAGAAGGCGCAGAAAAUUCCGAUGGCGACAACCGUAACGACGACCUCGCUGGCGACGGGUGCGUCGGCGAUGGCCAAACCGUCGCCGGACCCGUCGACGUCCUCCUCCCGUCUUAAGCUAGCCGCCGUAGGCGGCAGUCGCAAGCUGGACGUGAAAUCGGAAAGUAAAACAAGUUUGCAGCUGAUCGGUGCACCGAAAACGACGCCAAUGGUGCCUCCGCAGCAGCAGCAGCUACAGCAGCAGCAGCAGGCUCAACAGAUGCAACAGCCAGCAGUAGGCACCGGCAUCCCGAAACCGAUGGCUGCAAUCAAGGGUACGAGCAAGCCGUCGUCCCAGCCGCCGCGUUGUCACCGGCAAGGAGGAGCUGACGGUGUGCAAGCCGCAACAGGUGCCAAACAACAACAACGCCAACGGUGGUGCGAUCAGUCUCAGUGGCAACAACAACACCACGAUGGGGCAGCUUCUCCAGCACAGCAGCAGCAGCAGCAGCAGCAGCAACAGCUGCUCACGAAUGGCGCUAGCAACGGGCUGUCCGAUAGUAUGCACUCGAACUCCACGCAGGGCGCUUCGAUUGGCCAACACUCGACCAACUCGAGCGAAACGUCCAGUGUGGUUGCUUACCGGCCCAGUUCCGAGUCGGGCUCGGAGCAGCUUCUUCAAUCGCCUCAGAAGCUACAUCCAGCAAACGGGGUGGCUGCUGCUGGUCCGCUCGUCUUCAACGGCCAGCCGGAUGUGAACCUAAACAGCAACGGUACGGCCAGCCCCGGACACGUCUUCCACAAUGGUAAUCUGCACCACAGCAGCAGCAGCAACAACAACAAUCACAGCUCCAACACUGCCAACAACAACAACAACCUCAACAAGUUCCACACCGUGCCGGCGAAGCUGCUAAACACAAGCGCCGCAGGUAUUCAAUCUCCCGGCGGCCAUCAGACGACGAUCUACGAGCAGGAGGAGAAGCAGAUCACGGUGCUGCCGAUGCGGCCACUGCUCCGCGGGUACAACAGCCACGUGACGUUGCCGACGCGCGGUACCCGUGGUCAUCAUUCGCAUCAUCCGCACCAUCACCACCAGCAGCAGCAGCUGAUGGCGGCCGACUACUGUGAGGACUUUGCCGGUGGCGGCUACUGUAGCGACGGUGACGCACUGCGCAAGGUGCCGGCCCGCUACUCGGACAACAUGGACAACGGCUACCUUUCGGAGGGUGGUGGCGGCGGUGGUGGCAGUGUAAGCAUGCUGACAAGUGCAGGCCGGCAGCAGCACGCCUCCUACAUCAGCUCGCUGCGUGCCCGUACGCAGCUCCCGACGACCAUCGAAGAACGAUGUCGUAGCAGCCGUGGCGACCAUCUGGACAGUGUGGGAACGAACCCACCGGCAAUGGAGCACUCCGGACAUGUCAACGGCAAGAGCGCGCGGCACAGCAGCGGCAGCACGGUCGGACCGAACGGGCGCGAGUACUGGGGCAAGCUGCCGGAACCGGGCCCACACGGGCACGGGCACGGUGGCAGCAGCAGCAACGGGGGCAGCCAGCACGGUUCCCAGCCGCCCAGCCCGACCGGCGGCCGUAAGGACAAGACCGGAUCCAGCCCGGGCCAGUCACGCCGCAGCACGCCAUCGUCGAAGAGUGGCUCGAGUCGGGCCAAAUCGGCGGCCGGUGUACCGCAAAGCUUCGGCUACAUUAAACGAGCGAACGGUGUAGAUCCACACCAGCAACAGCACCAGCAGCAACAGCAGCAGCAGCAACAGGGACAAAAUCUGCUUCAAGGUGGACGAACGGCCCACGUUUCGGCCGUGCCGCGCUCGAGCAAGCUGAAGGUGUCCGGCGGCACCCAAACGACCACCGCCGACUUCCAAGCUAAAGUCCAGCAACAUCCCCAAUAUCGCAGCUUCUCGCUCACGGGACCCGGCGCGGCCCAGCUCAGCCAGUCGGUGAAAGAAAGGUUUGGCUCCGGCACGCACAGUUUGCCCAAGCCCGGUUUAGAUAUGCAUGUCUUCCAGCAUAGAAUGUCCAAUCGCGCCUCCGCCAAGCUAGCGGACGGCAGCCUCUCGGACACGCAAACGUACGCGGAGGUCAAGCCCGACUACGGUUCGUACGCGAUGUGGCUCAAGCACUCGAACACGGCCAGCAGCCGGCUGUCCGAGGGCGACACCACGCUCGAUGCCAUCGCGCACGGGACGGCCCCGUCGUCGGCGGUGGCCGCCUCGGUGACCGGUUCGCCCGGCCCAGCUACCCGGCCGCACAAGCUGCUGCAUCAUACGCGCGGCGAAACGCAACAGCCGCAUCUGCAUCAACAGUCGGCCACCAUGAACAGUCCGCGGCUGAACCGUAGCAACAGCAUCAGCUAUCUGAAAGAGAGGACCUACCCCAGAUCGACCAAGUCGGAGAAAAUGUAUCCCUCGAUGCUGAGCCGCGGCCCGGACGUGGAGAUUGAACCGUACUACUGUCUGCCGGUGGGGACGGUCGUGCAUCCGGGCAACGGUGGCAUGGUACCGUGGAGUCAGCCGACCUCACCGACACCACCGACGCGCGGCUUCGGUGGGCUGCUUUCGCCGACCCACGCCGGCAACAGUGCCGGCAGUCGGCUCACCUACCCGAAGAAGAACGAUGACGUGCAUGGCAGUCAGGCGUCACUACUAUCGGGCGGCUCGUCCCUGUACGGGUCGACCGAGGAACGGCAGGCAGGGGAGGUGCGUCGACUCAAGCGCGAACUAGCGGACGCCCGGGACCAGGUCAUGAGUCUUUCCAGCCAGCUGUCAACAAACGCUCACGUGGUGGCUGCGUUCGAGCAGAGUCUCUCCAACAUGACCCACAGACUGCAGUCGCUGACGGCGACGACGGAGAAAAAGGAUAGCGAAAUAUUGGACAUGCGGCAAACGAUAGAGCUGCUGCGGAAGCAAUCGAUCCAGGCCGGUUUAACUACCGCCCAUAUGCAGAGUAUGGGCGUACAAGUUAAUGGGCAGGUCAACGGAUCGGCGAUCGCAGCUGAGCAGACGAAAACGACGACCACGAUCGGUGGCGGUGGCAGCGGUGCGACAAACGGUGGACAAACGGCCACCGGUGGAGCAUCGUCCGCGGCGCCGGCCGGUGCGGAAAUGCAACGGCACCAUAGCUCCGACUCUAUGUGCUCGUUGAAUUCGGUCAGUUCCGGCUGCUCCGCCCAGGACAAGAGCAAGCAGAAGAAGAAGGGCUGGCUCCGCAGCUCCUUUACCAAAGCCUUUUCGCGCAAUGCCAAAAUCUCCAAAACCAAUCGCCACGUGACGGCGGGUGGCAGCAAUGGCGGUGGGUCGGCGGCGACGGCAGCAGCAGCUGGUACAGUGCCGGACGGUGCAGCAGGCAACCAUCAUCAUCAUCACCAUCACCACCAUCACCAUCAUGGGUCGGUGCUGGAGAAUGGCACAACGACGACGACCACCACGACGAGCGCGCUGGGGCUGAAGCAGGCCGGCAUUCCACCGCCACCGGGCGCAGGGCUGCCGCCACCGUCACCAACCAAAGGCAGUCCGCACAAAACGAUGACCGUCAUUGACAAUGCCAAACCCGUCGAUGCGAUCGUCGAGCUGAACGGUAACCCCGUGGUGGAAGAUCUCAAGAAGCAGCUGCGCGAGAAGGAUCUCGUCCUCACCGACAUCCGGCUCGAAGCGCUCAGCUCCGCCUCCCAGCUCGAAAGCCUCAAGGACACGGUGAUGAAGAUGCGCCAGGAGAUGAUGAACCUGAAGCAGAACAACGAGCGGCUCCAGCGGCUCGUCACGACCCGUUCGCUCGCCGGCAGCGAAGUAUCGCUCGGCCCCGUCAGCCCGAGCGGUUCGAUCGGUGAGCCGCGCCGCUACAGCCUGGCGGCCGACAACGGUAUCGGCCGGGCACCGCUCGAGCUGCCCCAGAACCUGGACGAAACGGAGGAGGACAAUAUUCCGCCGGCACCGGCGCCAGAACCACCGCCAGCACCGCUCAGCCCGGCCAUCAUCGCGGAACUGUCGCCCACGAUCGAGCGGGCCGCGAUGGUGAACGAAAUAUUGACCACGCCCGCCGAAGAUGUGGCCGAUCCGGUCGAUGGGAAGAAGAUUUCGAUCGCGGUGUAUCUCGGCCAGCCCGAGUCGUUCCCGAAGUACGCGGAGGAGAUGAACGAAUGUGAUAACUACUACCACUCAUCGCCGGACGAUGAGGAGAAGGGCGAGGCCGGUGAGAAGGGUGGCCAUCCGCGGGGUGGCUCGUUUUCGCUCGGCAGCGGCGUCGAGACGAACGAGUUCGUGAUCGCGUACACGUACAUCUCGGGCAAGACGACCUGGCAGAAUCUGGACUACAUUGUGCGGAAGACGUUUAAGGACUAUCUGUCGCGCAUCGAUCCGGGCACGAAUCUGGGGCUGAAUACGGACUCGAUCACGUCGUACCAUCUGGGGGAGGCAAAGCGUGGACCGGAGAUGGGUUUCCCCGAGCUGCUGCCGUGCGGGUACAUUAUCGGGAACGUGAAGACGCUGUACAUUUGCUUGCAGGGCGUCGGCAGCUUGGCGUUUGAUAGUUUGAUUUUGCGGAACAUCGUGCAUCGGUACAUUUCGCUGCUGACUGAGCAUCGGCGGUUGAUACUGUGCGGACCGAGCGGGACUGGAAAGUCUUAUUUGGCGCGCAAGUUGGCCGAGUUUCUGGUGGCGAGGGCUGGGCGGGAUAAUCCGAUCGAAGCGAUCGCUACGUUCAAUGUCGACCACAAAUCUUCGAAGGAGCUGCAGCAAUACCUUGGACACAUCGCGGAGCAGGCCUCAAUGUCCAACGGUGCGGCCGAGGAGCUGCCGGCAGUGAUCAUCCUGGACAAUCUGCACCAUGCGUCCGCCCUGGGGGAUGUGUUCUCCUGUCUACUCAGUGCCACUGCUGCCAAGCUGCCGUGCAUUAUCGGCACAAUGUCGCAAGCCACUUGCAACACGACCAACCUCCAGCUGCACCACAACUUCCGAUGGGUCCUGACGGCGAACCACAUGGAACCGGUGAAAGGUUUCCUGGGGCGUUUCCUGCGCCGCAAGCUCUUCUCGGUCGAGCUGCAGAACCAGCAGCAGCAGCCCCAGCUGGAAAAGGUGCUCAAAUGGUUGCCCACCGUCUGGCAGCACAUUAACAGCUUCCUCGAGACGCACAGUUCGAGCGAUGUAACGAUCGGCCCGCGGCUCUUCCUCUCCUGCCCGAUGAAUCUGCCCGACUCGCAGGUAUGGUUCACGGACGUGUGGAACUACCAUCUGGCGCCGUACCUGAUGGAUGCGGUCCGGGAAGGUGUACAGCUGUACGGGCGGCGCGGCGGCGCUUGGGUCGAUCCGUGCACGUACAUACGCGAGACGUACCCGUGGCCGGUCGGACCGACGACGGUGCCGCAGCUGCGCCAAAUUACGGCCGACGAUGUCGGGCUGGAGGCGAGCGCACCGGGCAAUGCGGAAAAUCAGGACCCGCUGCUGAACAUGCUGAUGCGGCUGCAGGAGGCAGCAAACUACAAUGGGAAUGCCGAGCAGGAUUCGGACUGUGCCAGCCUGGACUCGAACAUGACGCACGACAGCUCGGCCGGUGCGGAGUAGGAGCGGUUGGGACCAGCAUUGCAUGAUCACACCACUAGUUAGAAGAACACCAAGGAGAAAGAGAGAAAAGGAGAAUUCGAUUUCGAGUUCAAAACCCCACGAAACCGAUUACAAAGUUGCAUUUGGGCAUUCCUUCUGAACCGAGACUCACUGCGGGACUGCAUGUUUGUACUCUCCCAAUGUACCCAAACGCACAGUUGGUGGGUGGAAAAGGCGUGAAAAAGGCUAUUAAUUAAUUUCACUUCGCUGGCCACACACCGGUUUGCAAUCGGUAAUGCUAAUGAAAAGGCCCGGCCAGUGCAAGAGAGAAUGUUGUGUCAUCAUUGCCGUUUCGUGUCAUUAUGAAGGCUCAUUAACGCAAGUGAAACCAUUAAAUUAAUUAACAAUGUAGCCAGGGGUAUGAGGCGGAGAAGAGUGUGGUGGUUGAUGAAAAAUCAGGACCAAAAAACAAACUCCAGAACACCGAAAACAGCUCGAGAGAGAAGAGAGCAGAAGGAAGAGAGAAAGCGAAGGGUGUAAGGGUACAUGGAAAAUGAGCGUGGUGGUAAAUUGCAAUUUUGUGAUAUCAAUUUCACACACACGCGCGCGCGUGGACGAUUGGGGUUGGGGUUAAGGUGGUCAUGCAUGCAAAAGUGCCAGGUAGAGAGAAAGAGAGAAAAAGGAGUCACUUAUUUCGUGAAUCAUGUCAUAGGCAAAAAAGAAAAAGCGAAAAACACCGAUGUGUACAGCGCACCCUAGUGGCGGGGAUGGAAAGCAACCUGUGCGAGCGUGUAAUGCGUGUUGCAUACAAAGCAGGCGCAAUUGCUGUAAUUGAACUGUUUUAAAAAAAACGGGUGGUGAAACCGAUCGCGUUUGAUUUCGCGAUCGGAUCGAAGUGGGAAAAAGGGAAACUUUUUUUGAUUGAUUGUAACCGGCCACCUACUUUUUGAUAAGCGCUGUGUGGAGCCGCGUGACUGAACUUUUGUGUGUAAUAGUUAAACGAAAUUUAUUGGAAACAAAAAAUACUGCCUCCCAUUAGCGAAAACGGAUUUGGGGCGUUUCAGGGCCCAACAGAAACAGCCAUACACACACCAACCAAAUUGCGUUCAACGGAAACAAUAAUUAAAUUGUGAGACAAACUUUUCAAAAUACGACGAUGAGAACAGAUAGAGAGAGAGAGAGAUAGAGUGUGUGUGGUUAGGCAUACAUUUAAUGUUGUACAGUCAGUAUGUCGUGUCGCGUGGAUGUAACCGUAAAGUAAGCUUAAGCAUGAUAAGGAAAACCAUACACACAGACACAUCACAUUACUGUAGCACGUUUCCCCCCAAACCACCAAAAUCCCCCAAAUAAUUAACCUCUCGGUUUGUUUGGUGCCACGUUUUUGUGCACUUGUUGUGAGGCACACGCCCGUAGACUUUUGGAAUGUGCUUUAGAGGCAAAGGAAUUCCCUAAUAGGGGGAAAAAAGGCAAGCUAAGCGAAAAGGGGGUAUUAGGUGUAUGUGUUUCCGUUUGUAAAUAGCACUAUCACAACCAGCAAAGUGUAUUCUUUAACGUUAAUCCCAUUUUUACAUUAAAAA